AUGUCGACUCCCUCUAUGCUCUCAUACAACACCCGGCGCUGGGCGCUGGUCUCGUCCUACUCACCCUCUGCUCGCCCCUCUGUCCCUCUAGUCAGGCGACCUCCUCUCCUCUCCGACGCUGCCUUCGGUCCGCCGGAGCUCCUCUCUCCCCCGGAGGCGGCUGGCCGCUAUGAUGAGGUCUGCUCUCGUCCUAGGACUGUCGAGCCUGCGAUCGUGGGUCUAGGAUUUCAGUUCGGUGACUGGAUUCCCGAAGGCUCCGAUCGUCUUCAAAGCGCAUUCGACCUCAAGCUCGUAUCUCGUAAAGGCUUGUACAAGACGGGGCCCGACGACGGGCCCCGCUCUGAUCAUGGCCAGGUCGCCUCCAAGAGUUUUGGCGGAGCUUUUGUGAAGCGGCUGACCGCCAUCUGGGGUAAGGUCAUGAGAAGGACUUAA